GACAAGGGUUAUGAAGUGCACGGUAUUAUCCGUCGUUCGUCGUCGUUCAACACUGGCAGAAUUGAGCAUAUCUACAAGGAUCGCCAUGACCAAGAUGUCAAGUUCUUCCUCCACUACGGUGAUCUGACAGAUUCCACGUGCCUGGUGCACAUUAUUGCACAAAUCCAACCCACCGAAGUGUAUAACUUGGCUGCCCAAUCACAUGUCAAGGUUUCGUUUGACAUGUCUGAAUACACCGGUGAUGUCGAUGCCCUCGGCACGUUGCGUCUUUUGGAUGCCAUCCGCACCUGUGGUCUGACCGACCGUGUGCGCUUCUACCAGGCCUCCACCUCAGAACUGUAUGGCAAGGUUGUUGAGACCCCACAAAAGGAGACCACCCCCUUCUAUCCUCGUUCGCCCUAUGGUGUCGCCAAGUUGUAUGGCUACUGGAUCGUCGUCAACUACCGUGAAUCCUACGACAUGUAUGCCUGCAACGGUAUCUUGUUCAACCACGAAUCGCCCCGCCGUGGCCGUACUUUUGUCACUCGCAAGAUUUCCCGCGCUGUCGCCGAUAUUCACUUGGGUCGCCAGGACUGUCUCUACCUGGGUAACAUUGAUGCUAAGCGUGAUUGGGGUCACGCCCGUGACUAUGUCGAGGGUAUGUGGUUGAUGCUCCAGCAGGAAAAGCCCGACGAUUUCGUCUUGGCUACUGGCGAAACCCACACCGUCCGCAGCUUUAUCGAAAAGGCGUUUGCUGUCACUGGCCGCAAGAUUGUUUGGGAAGGUGAGGGUGUCAAUGAAGUGGGUAAGGAUGCUGAAACUGGCAAGGUCCGUGUCCGUAUCGAUCCCAAGUACUUCCGUCCUGCCGAAGUCGAACUGUUACUAGGUGAUCCCACCAAGGCGAACGAGAAGCUCAACUGGAAGCGCAAGGUCUCCUAUGACGAGCUCGUCACUGAGAUGGUCGUCGCCGAUAUCGAAGGAUCAUUAAAGAACGACACCUACAACUAAGUAGAAGUAAUCAUCGCAUCACUCUCUUUCCGCUACAUCCCACAAAAAACAAGCGAGCAUACAUACACACCAUAACAAAGUCAUACUAUGUAUUAACUCUUUCAUGAAUAAACUUUAUCAUCCUUUUAUCCAUCUUACCACGAGAAAAAUAAAAGGAUCAGCGCAACAUAAUGUUAGCCAAUCG